UGACAGUAACAAAGAUUUUUGGCUCAAUGCGUCCUUUGCCUAUCAUUGCCUGUCUGUUUGCUACUUAGUGGUUGUGUCCACAUUACAAACCUCCAAAGAUGAAAAAAUCAUUUCUGUGUUUUCUGAUACUUGGCCCUGCAGCUCAUCUGGGCUUAGUGAGCCCCAGCUUACAACCAGCUCAAAAGGCAGAACAAUCAGUGCAGAUGGAACACUGGAUUGACAGACGUACGAUUGACUUGAACGAAUUACCAACCGGAUUGGAGGUCGGGUUUCAAGAGAACCCAGGGCAAGCCUCGGAAGCGUAG